AUGUUCUCCGCAAAGUGUCGCAUUUCCGUUCAAUCCCAUACCCGAGCCUUUUCUAGUGUUGUCCAAAGCCUUCGCUCACCAGCGCUAUACGAACCAGCAUUCAAGUUGUGCACCAACACGCUCAGACCACCAUUUUCAGCACAUUUCUCCUCAGUGAAGAUCCAGCUUCCGGAAUACAAAUGGAUUGACGGUGCUGAAAAUUUGGAAAAAUACACCAAAGGCGGCUAUCACCCCGUACAAAUCGGAGAUAUCCUCCACCAUCGAUAUGAAGUCGUAGAUAAGCUAGGCUUUGGAGGUUGGUCUACCGUUUGGCUGUCCCACGACCUUUUGGAGAAGGAAUACGUUGCCGUGAAGAUCGGAAUAGCAGACUCACUACCCCAUGAAGUGACGACUCUUCGAGCCCUCGCGACGCCUACUGCAGUUCAGGCAUGUGAGCCUAUUCCACUCGUACUAGAUGAGUUCCGUAUCCAGGGUCCCAACGGCUCCCACCCUUGCUGUACUACGCCGGUAGCGCUUUGCAACCUUCGGGAAUGCUCGUUUAGUCGCUUAUUUCGCCUCGACGUUGCUCGAACCUUGGCUUAUGAGCUCACUCUUGCUGUUGCGCUUGUUCAUUCACGGGGUUAUGUCCACGGGGAUAUCCAUCUUCGUAAUGUGCUUGUCAGAGCACCACAAAGCCUCAAUAAGCUAUCAAUUCAACAGUUUCGCGACGAGUACGGCCAGCCAGAUUUAUACCCCGUUGAGCGAACAGACGGACACGCCCUUCCGCCUUGCGUCCCUUCAACAGCAGUAGUGCCACUCUACAUGGGUAAAACAGCUGAUGAAUUUACACUGGCAGACGCACACCUUCUCCUCAGCGAUUUUGGAGUGUCGUUCUCCCCAGCCAGCCAAGUCCGUCUCGGACAAGAUUGUCAUACGCCUGUGGAUUUUCGACCUCCAGAAGCUCGUUUUGAGCCAAACUCUCCUCUCUCUUUCUCCGUAGAUGUCUGGAGUCUUUCAACUGCCAUAUGGGAUAUUCUAGGCAUGCGGGCGCUUUUCAGCAGCGCCUUUUAUUCUGAAAGGCAGGUCAUGUGUCAGAUUGUAGACACGUUAGGGCCUAUGCCGGCUUCCUGGCUAGCAAACUGGGAAGAUCGGACGGAUUUCUUUGAUGAUCAAGGAGUUCCGGCAGCUGGGCGCUACGUCUGGCCGAAGCUAGCGCAAGCCUUUGAGGAGCGCGUGCAGAAGUUUCGAAGGGAUGAUGAUAUGGGUGUGUUUAGCCCGGAGGAAACAGAAGCGAUUUUGGAAAUGAUGGCCCAGAUGCUUAAAUUUCGACCAGAAGAGCGACCGACCGUAGAGCAAGUCUUGGAAUCUAGGUGGAUGGUCUCGUGGGCGCUCCCUGACUACAGACGUGGCCAGGUGAAAUCGUAA